GAUCCUGAGCGCAACAAUGGGUUUAUUGACAGCCGCAGCAAUCGCAGCCGGGGCAGGUGGAGCAGUGGUCUCUGCUCCUAUUGUCCUGGGGGCUGUAGGUUUCACCUCAGCUGGAAUAGCAGCUAGUUCCUAUGCUGCAAGCUGGAUGUCUGCAGCUGCUAUAGCCAAUGGAGGAGGAGUAGCAGCAGGUAGUGCAGUGGCUGUUUUGCAGUCAGCAGGUAUGGCAGGUCUGUCUGGGGCCGCCACCGCAGCCGUGGGUACUGUUGGAGGAGCUGUGGGAUUUUUGGCUACUCUCAUCUGAGACCAGGAAAUUAUGAUAAUCAGAAAGAAAAAACAAUAAUAGUAAUAAAUGAUAUAUUUACUGCUGCCAAUUGGAAACAGUUGCCAAUAGUAUUAGCGUCAUGCUUCAGUAAAGCUUGGCUGAAAUCUGAGUGCUGGUAAUGCUGUGGUGUUUUAUUACAAAACACAUGAACACGGUCAAAUUGUGCAACUUUAAAUAAAGCCCGAAUAUAAUAAUGAAAAACA